UUAAACUUUGUAAAAAUGUCUAAAUAUCAAUUUGAAACUGUUGCUGUUCAAGUAACCGCUGACGGUGUUGCCCACGUACAACUCAACAGACCCAAAAAGCUUAAUGCUUUUAAUGACCAACUUGUUGCCGACGUUGGAAACGUUUUCCGUGCUAUUGAUGUUGAUCAUGAUAUUCGCGCUGUUGUCAUUUCUGGUAACGGCCGUAUGUUUACUGCCGGCUUAGAUUUGGCAGAAACUUCUAUUCAAAGCUUAGAAGUUGGGGAUCCUGCUCGUGACAUCUAUAAAAUGCGUAAGCACAUCAAGGACUUUCAAGAUUCUUUUACUGCCAUUGAGGAAUGUUCAAAGCCUGUCAUUGCAGCAGUUCACAAUGCCUGCUUUGGUGCCGGUGUGGAUCUAAUUACUGCUUGUGAUAUUCGUUACUGUGCCAAAGAUUCAUUCUUUUGUGUUAAAGAAGUUGACGUCGGAUUGGCCGCUGAUGUGGGCUCUUUGCAACGUCUCCCAAAAGUUAUUGGUAACAAUAGUUUAGUACGCGAACUUUGUUUAACAGGCCGCAAUAUGUAUGCCAAAGAAGCUUUAGACUGUGGUCUUGUCAACAGAGUUGAAGAUACCCAAGAAGCGGUUUUAGCCGAAGCAUUUAAGACUGCUCGAUUGAUCGCAACCAAAUCACCCGUCGCUGUUUUAGGAACAAAGCAUAUGUUGAAUCAUUCACGUGAUCAUUCUGUUGCCGAAGGUUUAUCCUACGCUGUUACCUGGAACUCUGCCAUGUUGAAAACAGAGGAUAUCCCUUUAUCUAUCGAAGCUUUUGUCACUAAAAAGCCUGCUACAUACUCGAAGCUCUAAAUAUUACUUCACGGUAUGAGAAUUUUGGAAAUAAAAUGUUUAUUUUCACAUGUU